AUGGAAAAGCAAAUGGCUGAGAUUUACACACGCAAGAUUUUUCUUAAGUUUCAAGAUGAGUUAUGGCAUAGCUUAGUAAUAAUGCCACAAUUUGUUCGUGAAAAUGCUACACACAAAAUGUAUGUGGUCGAGAGUAGUCCAAAAGAAGGUGUUCGUAGAGUGCGGGAAAUUGCUUAUGAUAAAGAAUUGGACUUUGCAUUUUGUACAUGUAAGAAGUUUGAGAGUGAAGGACUUCCCAGUAGACAUAUCUUGGCAUUCUUGAGACUCUUUGGUAAUAUUCCUUUGCCAAAUCAAUAUAUAAUGAAAAGGUGGACUAGAGGUGCAAAAUGUCAAAUAAUAACUGAUAAGCAAGGUGUUGGGAUAGGUGGACAACAUAGUUCAAUGUUGACUUGGCGAGCUAAACUAUUCCAACUUGCUUCGGAAGUCAUUGAUAAAGCCAUAAUAUAUGAAGAGGCAAGUGUAAUUGUGAAUGAUGGUCUUCAAAGUUUGCUAGGCAAGAUUGAAUCCAUAGUUAGCAACACAAAAAGUGGAGGCAUUUCUGAAAAAGGUAGCACUACUCAUGACUAUGAGGCUUUGAAAGACCCAUCUGCUGUGAGGGCAAAGGGAUGCGGACAAAGAUUAAAAAGGGGAAAGGAGAAGGCAACAAAUGCCGCAAAGUAUAGAGUUUGUAUGAUCAUACUUUGUAUAAACCAUGCUGCUCAUCUAUAUAGGUCCUCACAAAAUGAGGAAAGUCCUCAACACGCCUCGGAAUAUGAUUCUGAAGCUGAUAGUUUGUCUUCCACAGGUCUGCAUGAGAAAACGAAAGGAUGA